AUGGCCGGUUUACAAGAGGUGACCGGUCUUCUAACCAGGACAGCGAGUGUCCAGACGGAGACUGGACUUCUUGGCCACCACGCUCAUGGCCUGACAGUGUUUACCACAGCCGUGUUUGCCGUGGGAGAGAUGGCGGGAUCUGGUGUACUGGCCUUGCCUUCUGCUCUUAAAGGCACAGGCUACAUUGGUAUACUACUGAACGUGGCCUGUGCCCUGGUGUCGGCCUAUACGGGCAUGCUGCUGGGCAAAUGUUGGACUAUAGUCAUGCAGAGAUGCCACGAUUACCAGCAGCAUAUACGGUACCCUUAUCCAGCCAUUGGUCAGGUCGCUUUUGGAAGAUUUGGAAGACUGGUGGCAUCUUGCAGCAUCAACGUGACCUUGUUCGGUGUGUCAGUUGUCUUCCUCCUGUUGGCCUCUGAAAAUCUCCAGUCUCUGGUCAGGAAUGCUGGGAGGGAUAUAUCCUUCUGCUAUUGGUUAAUCAUCGUGGCGGGAGCGCUGUGUCCAAUCAGCUGGCUCGGCACUCCAAAAGACUUUUGGCCAAUUGCAGUAGGGGCUGUUGUGUCCACCAGUAUCGCUUGCUGUCUGAUUGUUGCUAACGCCAUGUACGAUGGCAAAAAACUGAGUCCAGCUACUUACCCAGAGAUCCAGUUUGAAAGCUUUUUCAUGGCUUUUGGCACCAUUUGUUUUGCAUUCGGUGGUCACCCAGCCUUUCCAACAUUUCAAACCGACAUGAAAGAACCAGAGAAAUUUGGAAGAGCCAUUUUUAUUGCUUACUGCAUUGUCCUACUCAUGUAUCUGCCGGUGGCUAUCUGUGGCUACACAGUCUACGGGACACAGGCAGCAGACAACAUCCUAGAAACUAUGUCACCUGGACCGAUGCUUUACAUUGUUGAGGUGCUCAUCACCCUUCAUCUCUUCUGUGGCUUCAUCAUUGUCAUGAAUCCUGUGUGUCAAGAAACAGAGGAGCUCCUCAAGAUACCUACACAUUUCAACUUUCGACGGGUAAUCAUUCGGACCAUCAUGGUGGCACUAAUACUAUUCGUUGCCGAAUCUGUCCCUCAUUUUGGUGCAAUCCUGUCACUUAUUGGUGGUUCUACAACCACACUUCUGGCCUACAUACUCCCGCCAGUGUUCUACCUCAAGCUAUGCUCAAUGUCUGGAGACUGGGACAAGAUCACGGUCCCACUGCACGAGAAAGUUGCCUGCAUUGAAAUCAUGAUCAUUGGAAUUGUUGCCGGCGUGGCCUCGUCUUAUUCGGCAGUGUUGAAUUUGGUCACUAGUAAAUUUUCUACACCAUGCUAUGUCAAUUUGUAA